AUGAAGAAGGGCUUGGAGGGGGGGGGGGGGGGGGGGGGUGUCACAAACACAGCGAAAAUGCGGUCUGCUUCUUGGGCGCUCACUCUCCUCUUCCCCGUAUGGGCAACGGCGGAGAAAUGGACUCUCUGGAACUCCCUGACAUGCGAGCAGCAGCUCGAGGAAUAUGACGGUCUCUCAUUUUCGCGAUUUGCCGUCUACAACGACCACAUCGACUGCUUCGACUUCGCGGACAACGUCGUGGCCAACGCAGUCGCCCAGACAAAGGACAGCUUCUGCCAGGUGUACACCAGCACCGGCUGCAAUGGCGACGAGGUCCAGCUUUCUUGCACUGCCGACAACCUCUUUGAUCCUCAAUACUGCUGCACCGACACCACUGAGGGCAUCAGGUCAGCCAGAUGCUGGGCCCUGUAG